AUGAGUCCACAGUCAGCUGUUCGAUUCAAUGUCCCUCCAGUGACCAACUACAAUUCAAUGGAUGUGGAUGAGUCCACUGUGUCCUGGGCAUCACUAGAUCAAUCACCUCCAGCUCAAGCUGAUUAUCCAGGUUUUCCCAUCAAUCCAGAUUUGUACCUCAGGCCUGAGGAUGAUAUCAUUGAUGUGGAUGAGUUGCUGGAUUCUGCUGAUCCUAAGAGUGAUGUUCUGGCUGCAUCAGAAGUGUCUAUGUCUUUGGAUGACACCUCUACCGAACUUCAUUCAGAGCAGCCAGAGCUCACUAAUGAAGAUUUACAUUCAAUGGCCCGGGAGUUCCGACCAUUUGGGUCAUAUGAACACACUGGAUUGACUCAGUAA